CCGCCCUCCAGUCCAGACGGUGGCGGUAAUGCACCUACAUGCUGGUUCGCCAACCACAGAAGAAGAAUUUACGAGACGUACCCGGAUGUUCCCGGACACAUGCGGAAGUAACCGUUAGCUUCGGUGGCUAAAAGCUAAACGCAACAUCUAUUUGAUGAAUUAAAAACCAAACACUCGACAUGUGUCCGCAGCGCUGCGUCUCACCGGGACAUUUCACGUCGCGCUGACAGCUGCGUUGUCUCUUUAGCGUCCUCAUGUUAGCCGAGGCGUCCGCAGCUCAAGAUGCGGGGACGUUCACACCGAGUCUGUCCCCGGAUCAGCAGAGAGACAUGGCGGAGAAGAUCACCGCGUUUCUGUCUCAGUACAGACACCUGUCCGACACCUACAGGAUUGAGUUCUUCACUGAGGAUCUCUGGCACACAUUACCCAGCAGCUGGCAGGCCGCGCUGCAGGACCUGUCCUGUCCACAGGUCGCCGACCUUUUACUGGACGUGAAACAUGGAGACAGGAGUUAUCCUACCGCGUGGCCCCUGUCGCUGUUGGCUUUCCGUGCCACCGCUCAUGCUCUGGCGUUUCCCAGAGAGUGCAGGCGGGAGCGAGGCGGGCGAGCCGGGUCGGUCAAACCCGAGGAGCGCCAGAAGAACCAGAGUCAGCGCUCGCUGCUGGACCACAUCUUCAGGAAGCACGUCAAACCCAAGAAGCAGUAUGAGAUCGACCAGCUGGGCACGCUGGUGAAACAACUGUGUGACCUCACCGACUGCAGCCGAGUGGUGGACGUCGGCUCUGGACAGGGUCAUCUGACUCGUUUCCUCUCCUUUGGACUCGGGUUGACCGUGACCGCCAUCGAGGCUGAUGGGGCCCUGGUGGCAAUGGCGUCCAGGUUUGAUGAACAGCUGCUCUUGGCGUUGGCGAAGCAGAAAAAGAACGUCUUGUCUCAGCUUCCAGCACCACAGUCCCCUCCCCGCCACGUGGCCGGAUGGGUUAACCCCAAGGAAUCAUGGGAGCUUUUCAUCAAGCAGCUGAGUACAGCAGAGGGUUUCAGUGAAGAUCCUCCGACUCCGUGUGGACCCGGCAAAAAGCGACUGCAGGGAUCGGAGCCACAUCAGGGCCGUUCCCAUGACUCCACAGACUCUCAGGACUCAGAACUCCAGCCAAUCCAGAAUGAGUCUGGAGAUCAGUCAGGACCUGGAACCUGCUGCCCAGGCACCCAGCCUGUCUGUAAGGAGGAGCUUGUUCCUGAAGAAGACAAUCUGCCGGAUCAUCCAGACUUCAUCCUGACCGGGCUCCAUGCCUGCGGGGACCUCAGCGCCACCCUCCUCCGCCUCUUCGUCAGCUGCCCGUAUGUUCGUGGCAUCACCUCCGUGGCGUGUUGCUACAUGAAAAUCACCACUGAAGAGAACCCCGACCACCCGGGACUGGUUGAACCGCCCACUCCACCGACGCUGGGUCGGGAAUCGGGUCCCUCGGAGCUCGGUUACCCUAUGAGCUCCUGGGUGCGGGGGUUGUCGGGACAUCAGCUGUCCUAUCAGGCGCGAGAGGGGGCGUGUCACGCCACGGAGGACUACGUGCUGAGGCUCCGGGAGGAGGGCGAGCAGCUGAGGAUGCACUGUUACCGGGCGAUGCUGGAGACCUUCAUCAGGGACAAGAGGCCGGAUCUACGUCGAGCUGGAAUCCAGACUAUAAAGAAAGCUCACUUAUUACCAUUUACAGAGUACGCCCAGCUGGGUCUGGCUCGGGUCAGCCUGCCGCCCGAGUUGCCCCUGGACCCGGAGCGGGUGGAGACCAUGCUGAGGCAGCAGGGCAGGGUGGUGGUGUACUCCAGCUUGGCGCUGCUGCUGGCUCCGGUGGUGGAGACGCUGGUGCUGCUGGACAGGAUCAUCUACCUGCAGGAGAACGGUGUGGACAGUCAGCUGGUCGCUCUGUUCCACCCAAACUUCUCUCCCAGGAACCUUGUGCUGGUGGCGCUGAAGCACCGGGAAUGACACGAUGGCACUGUCUCAGCUGCCGACUCAUUUUUACCGUUCAGCUUCGAAGAAACAUGCUUGAAAUCUGAAGAACUUGAAUAUCAGCCUGGUCCUCCCGUUUUCUCCUCCACAGAACAGAAGCAGGUGUGUGAUGGUAUCUUGUGCCAUGCUUUAGUUUAUGCCUCUAUGAAAAUGUCCUCUUUUUGCUUGUUUUUACGUUAUUGUAUUUUUUUAUUCCAUUACCGUCGUCCUUUAAAGCCGUGCUGGAGAUUCUGUUGUGUGCUUUAUUGGAUCUGGACCACAAAGCAAUUCACAGAACCUGUGUUUUUAAUUCCAGGCACAGCAGCAUAACAACUGUGUGUAAAUGAAAAACAGAUGAAAGUCUUUCACGUUUUCUUUGUUUCAGUUUGUGGUGAAAACAGUUGGAAAUGAAGCUGUUUGUGUUUACAAAUGUGAAUACAAGUCCAGAAUAGUCCAUAACAAGCGUCAUCAUUUCUGAUUCACUCACAUGUGACUAAUAACAUCAGGGUCAU